UUUUCUCCAAACAUAUCUCGAAUUGAAGGAAGAAGGGUAACGGCUAGUAAUGGUUUGACCACCUUAGCAUCCACCGGCAUGAUAGAAUGGGGAGGAGCUAGAUCCAAAGAGAAUCGUACUCCUUUCAAGAGUCUUCCUCCCUAUUGCUGCGCGCUCACAAACGACGGGAGUGUUUUCGAGUUGACAACUAUAGUGCCUUACAUUAGGAAAUUCGGUAAACAUUGAAAGGAGAAGAUCUAAUUCCUCUCGUCUUUCACGAGAAAAACAUUAACAAGUUUAAAGAACAGCUUUUCCAGGAAUCAAGAGACCCAGCCGAUUGAUUCUCUUCCCCUCUUCGUCUUCUGAUUCUGGUAACUCAGCGAACGGUUUAUUCAUCAUAAAAGCUUUAAAUUUUCGCGCUACUCGAUCUGGUUUCUCAACAUCAACAAGAAUUGGGAUUAAGUUUUAACUGUCAAUUGUUUAUUCCGAUCAUGGGUUUCCCUUAACCCAUUUGAUGGUUAAAAGUGUCAAUAUUCAAUAUGUUUUCACACUAUAUUGUAAGUUUUACUAAUCAAGUUUCUAUUAGUAUUCUAAUAAAAACAUUUUCUUAUU